GCUGGCCACAAUAAAGGCCACUUUAAGAUGUGCAGUUUUAUCACACAGCACAAUGCCACAGAUGUCGCAGUUUUUGAGGGAGCGUGCAAUUGGCAUUCUGACUGCAGGAAUGUCCACCAGGGUUGUUGCCCAUGAACUGAAUGUUCAUUUGUCUACCAUAAGCCUUCUCCAAAGGCAUUUCAGAAAAUUUGGCAGUACAUCCAACCGGCCUCACAACCACACACCACGUGUAACCACACCAGCCCAGGACCUCCACAUCCAGCAUCUUCACCUCCAAGAUCAUCUGAGACCAGCCACCCAGACAGCUGCUGUAACAAUCGGUUUGCAUAACCAAAGAAUAUCUGCACAAACUGUCAGAAACCAUCUCGGGGAAACUCAAAUACAUGCUCGUCAUCCUCAUCAGGGUCUCAAUCUGACUGCAGUUCGUCAUCGUAACAGACUUGAGUGGAGACACCGUGAUGAGAUCCUGAGGCCCAUUGUUGUGCCAUUCAUCCACGACCAUCACCUCAUGUUGCAGCAUGAUAAUGCACGGCCCCAUGUUACAAGGAUCUGUACACAAUUCCUGGAAACUGAAAACAUCCCAGUUCUUGCAUGGCCAGCAUACUCACCGGACAUGUCACCACCCAUUGAGCAUGUUUGGGAUGCUCUGGAUCGGCGUAUACGACAGCGUGUUCCAGUUCCUGCCAAUAUCCAGCAACUUCGCACAGCCAUUGAUGAGAAGAGGACCAACAUUCCACAGGCCACAAUCAACAACCUGAUCAACUCUAUGCAAAGGAGAUGUGCUACACUGUGUGAGGCAAAUGGUGGUCACACCAGAUGCUGACUGGUUUUCAGACCCCCCAAUAUAAUAAAACUGCACAUCUUAGAGUGGCCUUUUAUUGUGGCCAGCCUAAGGCACACCUGUACAAUAAUCAUGCUGU